AUGACCAGCCCAACACAAACCAAAAUCAACCCAAACGAGGUACAGGCCCACCUCUCCCAGUACAAGGGCGAUAAAUACGUCGACGGCUGGGCUUCCCUGUGGGACAAGGGCGGCAAUCUGCCAUGGGACCGAGGAUUCCCUAAUCCCGCCCUGGAAGACACGCUCGUCAAUCAGCGCCCGACAAUUGGCGCGCCUAUCGCCACCGAUGCACAGGGCCAGUCGUACAGGCGCAAGGCUCUCGUUCCUGGCUGCGGGAGAGGUGUGGAUGUCCUCUUGCUGGCAAGCUUCGGCUUCGAUGCUUAUGGCCUCGAGUAUAGCGCGGCUGCGAUUGAUGCGUGCAAGAAGGAGGAGAAAGAUAAUGCCAGUUGGUAUCGUGUCCGGGAUCAGACUAUUGGCACGGGAAAGGUUACUUGGGUUCAAGGUGACUUUUUCGAUGAUGCUUGGUUGCAGGAGAUUGGUGUCCCGUUGAAUGGAUUUGAUAUUAUUUAUGAUUACACGUUCUUCUGUGCCCUCGAGCCGUCAAUGCGACCCAAAUGGGCGCUCCGGCACACCCAGCUUCUGGCCCCUUCGCCAGCGGGUAACUUGAUCUGCCUGGAGUUCCCCCGUCACAAGGAUCCGCAGGCCCCAGGGCCCCCAUAUGCCUCUCCAUCGGAAGCGUAUAUGGCACACCUGAGCCACCCCGGCGAAAAAGUUCCCUACGACGCAAAGGGUGUCGUCAAGCACGAACCUCUACGGGCACCGAGCAAAGACGGCCUGGAAAGAGUGGCGUAUUGGAAGCCAGAGCGCACGCACGAGGUAGGCCAGGGCGAGAACGGGGUGAUCCACGACCGAAUCUCAAUCUGGCGCCGUCGUAACUAG